AUGUCGUCUUCUUCAGUUGCCUCUGCCAGUGUGAGCAGCCGCAACGCGACAAGUCCAACUUCCACGCCAAGCAGUAGUAGCAGCGCUACAAGCAGUACUAGCGUGGACGCAGAAACGGCUCAUUUUCUGCACUUGUAUCAAGACUUGACUUCCAACGUUUUUGACGAUUCUACUGACUCUGGCAAACCGAUCAUUCUCUCGUCGUUGCAUCGCUUGGACGAACUUCUCCACGACACUAACGCUUCCGCCAGGGAGCGAUUGAUGCCCGGAGUCAACGCCGACACCGUUGCCACCAUUCCGGAAGGAAAACAAUUCCUAAGAUGUCAUUUGGCAGCUCUGCUGGAUUUCAGUCACGGAGACAACGUGCCCUACAAACACGCUUUUGAAGCUGCGGCUGCCAUAGCAUUGGCUGUGCAUCAUCUCAAUGAAGGCGUGGGCUGGAUCGUCCCGGAAGUCACGGGAUUACAUCAACGAUGUCCCAUCCGUUUCACGGCCGAGUUUGCUGACACCGAGUACGAUCAAGGCGUCGCACUCAAGCACGUUAUUGACAUGACCGACCGGGACAAACACAAACCUUGCGCAUUCAUUGGUGCUCCGUCCUCCGAUAUCUCCAUUCCCACCGCCAUUGUCACGUCCAUUCGAGGAUACCCUCAAAUAUCCUCACAAUCGACGUCCGAACAACUCGAUGACAAUGCACAGUUCCCACUCUUUGGGCGCACAGUACCCUCCGAUGUCGACAAUGCCGUUCCCAUUGUCAAGUGGUUUCGCGACAAACUCGGAGCCACACAUCUUGCUGUCGUCCAUGUCAAUAACGGAUACGGAAAUGCCUUUGCCGACGAUCUCAAAUUGGCCGCACAAGCACAUGCACCCGAUCUCAAAAUUGAAAAACUGGAACUCUCCGAACAUCCCAAUCAAGAACUCAUACAAGAUACCAUACGAAACAUUGAACGCACCAAAUUCAGUUACAUCUUUGCCGCACUCAACGAUGCCGUCAUUGACUCGGUCAUGCUAGAAGCCUAUCGACAGGGCGUUGCCGGGAAUGGGAUUCACAAUUGGUUCUUCUCCAACACUUUUGGCGACAUUGACGAUCGAUUCUUUGAACCAGGAUCACCCCUUCAUUUGGCAUAUCGGGGGGUGGGACGACUCCAAGUCUCGGGAGGACAUCAGGGAAUGAGAUCGUUCGAUACGUUUGCCUGCAAUCUACGGACGCUACGAAGCAGUCCUCCCGAUUUGGAUUAUCUCGCGUCGCUGCUCCCGCAAAAGGAAUACAUGCAAAAGAACACGGAAGAAUACAUUACACUCGACACCGUUACCGCCAACAAUGGACUCAAUAUGCAACGACAUUCUCAUCGAAUGCCGUACAUAUACGAAGAUGAUUUCAUGGAUCCGGUCCCCAAAAUGGCCGAUCGGACCUCACCGGCCUACGAAGCCGCCAUUGCACUCGGAUUGUCUGCCUGUGACGUCGUUGCCAAUGGAUUGCCACUCACGGGGAAACACCAUUUUGAACAAUUCACCAAAACGGAAUUCAUGGGAGUCGAAUCACAGGUCAAAUUCGCACACGAAACGGGAACCAGAGAUCCCGACACGACACUCUUUGCCGUCGAAAAUGAAGUGGAAGAAAUGGUUCGAAUGAACGUCAAGGUGGAUGCCAAUGGGACUACGGAAUGGCGAGAGCUGGUCCAGUUUCAUGCCGUCGUCACGGAUGUAUACAGUCAUGGGGAAUGGGAACAUCUCGAAGACUACGUCUUUAGUGAUUUAUCGACCAACAUUCAAUCCGACUUGACACCACCGCCUCCCGUCGAACAUCACUACGUUGAUACACCUCUCAAGAUUGUCGCCGGAUUCAUGUUUGCGUUCAUCCUCCUUUUAGCCAUUCGCUGUGCCUGGUGGACCGAAAAGAACAAAACCACGCGAGUAGUGCGGGCAUCGCAACCCUUGUUCUUGCGAGUUAUUAUUGCCGGGAUUGUCAUCUUUGCCAGUGCCAUUAUCCCCAUGAACAUUGACGAUCGAAUCGCAUCGCAUGAGGGAUGUACCAUUGCGUGCAAUUUCUUUUAUUGGCUCAUGUUCCUAGGAUUCUCCAUCAUGUUCUCGGGACUCUUUACCAAAAUCUACCGUGUCAAUCAGAUUCUCAACAAUCCCGUCAAGUUCCGUCGUGUCAAAGUGACCGUCAGGGAUGUCAUCAAACCCAUGGCAGCUAUUAUUGGAGUCAACCUAAUUCUUCUCAUUGUCAUGACAAGCGUCGCUCCUUCGGAAUGGGAAAUUGUCGUGGCCGAAACAGAUCAACACGGACGGCCCACGGAAACCUACGGACACUGUACGACGAAACACCAAAUCCCAUACUACACAACGCUGGGAAUCGUCAACUUUUCGGCUCUGGUGUUCUCCAUCCAGCAAGCCUACAAUACUCGAAAGCUGGCCACGGAAUUCUCCGAAAGUCGAUACAUCUUCUACGCCAUGAUUGGUAUUCUCGUGGCACUGUUCCAGGGAAUCCCAGUACUCAUCCUUGUCCGAGACAGUCCUACCGUCCAGAACUUUAUCAAGUGUACCGUCAUUUUUGUCACCUGCUGCUCGGUACUGCUCUUCAUGUUUGUGCCCAAGAUGAAAUACCUAGUCAAAAUCAGCAAGAAGACUAGAAGUCAAAGGAUGGACUUGUCGGUCAAGGUCUCGGGAUUGCAAAUGGAUGCUUCCAAUUCCAAUACCCACAACCAAUCUGCCGACCACCUCAAUGGUUCUGCAAACUUUUCAAAACUUCGACAAAAGUACGAAAAUGGAAAUGGAGGUAUUGCGAUAUCCGGAUUGAGCAACCUCAGUGGGCUCAGUGGAGCCUCUUCUGCGAGCGGUGAUGGCAGUAGUGAGGAAGAAGGCGUUCGAUUCACGACAAUGACACAUACCGAACUUAAAGAAGAGAACGACAAGCUGCGCAAGAAACUCAAGAUCCUGAACUGCGAUGUGGGUACGUUGGGCACCACUAGCUCGGUAUCUGAGGACAGCGCCGCCGGUUCCAGUGGGAUGAGGAUCAUUGCACGCAAGUCACCGGGCGAAUUAAUGGCGGAGAACAAAAAGCUCAAGAAGACGCUCAAGAAGGCCGUCAAGAACCAUGUUGUCCGGUCUGCCGCGGCGAGAGCAACGAUUAACGAAGCAGACAACGAAUCGCAAAGCGAAGGUGAUGGCUUUGCUCACGAGACGUAUCCUGACAAGCAGGUAUCCUUCAAGCUUCCCUCGCUUCGGAAGAUGCCCAAUGGCGAUGACAGCAUGGUCAUCAACCACGGGAAAUCGAAUGAUAAAGGCAACAACGACAACGUGGAUGGUUUCAUUGGUGACAUUGAAUCGGGGGCAGAUCCAAAAUUAGCUGUCGAUGCCGCUAUGGACAUUGUUGCCGACGCUGCUGGUGUAGUAGAAGAGUUCGAUGACGAAGAUGAUGACGACGACGACUAUGCGUCCAUGGAUGUCAGCCAUGGUGAGAAUGCCACUGACUCUACCAAGGAGAGUUCCACCGAGGAGAAGAACGAAACCGUACCAGCCAACAUCGAGGAGGUCAAGGAAGGCAAAUCCAUCUUUGAAGUUUUCAACACUCGUCGAAAGGACCGGGAAGCCUCCCCGCCUCCCCCUCAAAGAGCGCCAUCGUCAACUGAACUCCAUUUCUCGGCAACUGAUCGUGCCAACAUCGAGGACCCAGCAUCUGUUUUGUAA